UCACUCCAUUCCCACACCAUCAGCUCACUUGCCAGACAAAUCAUACAAUGUCUUCCAAGUACUUGCUAGUUUUGCUCCUGGGAGCGGUGCUUUUCGCCGCCGCCGUCCUCUCCGACGGCCACCACCCUGUCAAAAAAGAGAAGCCACCGAAAGGGCACAAACCACCCCACAAGCACCACCACGGUGGUCGCCGUCUCAUGGAGACAGUCGAAGCCGAGGACUCGCACAAGCCAUACCUCAAACACAAGCCCCCACACCACCACCACCACCACCCUCACGAGCACAUUCUCGUCGAGGAUGUCGACAUAGAAGACUUCCACAAAAAGCUGUUCCCCGGCAAGAAACCGCCCCACCACCCCGGCCACAUGCUUGCGGAGAAAGUGGAAGCCGAUGAGAAAAAGAAGCCUUUCCCCGAGCACAAACCCCCGAAGAAAGGGGAUAAGCCGCCACCGAAGCACAAGCCACCCCACGAGGGACACAUUCUCGUAGAGGAGGUGGAAGAGGACUCGAAGAAGCCGUUCCCUGAGCACAAGCCGCCCAAGAAAGGCGAGGAGCCGAAGAAGGGCAAGGGAGAGAAGCCACCACCAAAGCACAAGCCGCCACACGAGGGACACAUUCUCGUAGAAGAGGUGGAAGAGGACUCGAAGAAGCCGUUCCCUGAGCACAAGCCGCCCAAGAAAGGCGAGGCGCCCAGGAAGGGCAAGGGAGAGAAGCCGCCGCACCACAAGCCACCGCACGAGCCUCCUACCGAGAACUGAGUGGUCGUUCUUCCAUGAAUGUACACGUCACGUGCCUGUCGCGCGUUCAAAUAAGAGCUGUUCCUUAGAGUUUCUGAGGUUCCGUGUUAGCUGGUUGGCGAUUUGUAUUCCAUGUAAAAUAGGAUGUCUGUACUUCGCUUGGGUAUUUCCUUCGACUUUGCUUCCGUUGAAUAUAUGCUGAGUACUUGCUAGCU